GCGAUGUAUCAAAUCGAUGCAAAAAAUUGAAAAAAUUUGUUAGUGACCAGUGAAGAAGACGAAGAGACCUCUAGGGUUUUAGGCAGUUGCUUUAUCCAGAUAUGGGUGGAAAGGGGAGGAGAAGAAGAGAAAAGAAUUACAGAGCAGCUCAUGGAGCCGGCCAAACUGGACUUCCACCCCCACCUGAUCGCUCCUCCCUCGACGCUCUUCCCGCCAAACUACGCAAAAUCAUGUCUUUUGCUGAGAGUAGAAAGGCAGCAAUUAGCGGUGCGCAGAAGAAUAAAGGAGAAAAUAGUAGAGAUACAGAGCUGAGACUUGAUUCAGAGGAUAAAGUUGGAUCUAAAAUUACUGGGAUCAGAAAGGAUAAAAAAGAUGGGAUUUCAGUGGUAAAACAUCCCGAUGUUGAUGUGAAUGAAAAGAAAAAGAAAAGGAGGAAAAGGAAGCAAGUCAAUGACCUUCGAUUUGAAGCAUCAGGGGACUUGGGUGUUACUGGAUCCAAAAGGAAAGAGCGCAAGAAACAGCGCUUGGAAGAAAGAAAAAAGAAACGCAAGAAGAUCAGGGAAGAGGAGAAUGUGGGCUUCCCAGCUCAGGAUGAAGUAAAAUUUGGAGAGGUUGUCGAAGCUCCCCCAAAGCUUGUUGCAGUUCCUAAGGUAUUCAAGACCACUCAGGAUGCAUCACAAGAAAGACUGCGUAUACAGGCAGUUGAGGCCUACAGGAGACGCAAAGGCUGGACAUCAAGGCCCGGGGUUCAGCUUCCAGCUACUGCAAUUUUGUCAGAACUUUCAUAGUUCAAUGCAUACUUAAUAAUUCUCUUAUUCUCUGUGCAAGCAAACACGUAUGAACUAUCUGUACCUCCUGUGAAAGGAUGAAAUAUGUUUUACAUGUUAGGGCCACCUUUACCAGAUUAGAUGGAUGGUACCCUUUCAGUAGACAUUUCCGAGUUUGGCUUUUUGUGGGAGGCAUUGUCUGGUCCCUAACCGUUCAUGUCAAGUACAGUGGCCAUACCACACAAGUUGUGAGCUUGUUUCUUUGCUGUGCGUUCUUUUGCGAGGAAAAUGCUUCACUUCUACUAAAUUUUGUCUUGAACCUUUUAUAGGAUAAAUACGAGUGAGUUAAGCAACCUUGUUUUGAUUUUUUA